GAGAAAGAGGUGCACAGACAUCUUGCCGUGUUACCGCGAACCAAAAUUUAACUCUCUUUCCGCAAACAGCCGAUCGAGCCGUAAUUCUGCUCGGCUCUCGGGUAGCAAAGACUUGUGCUUGGACCAUUGGUAUUUAAAACCAGUACUUAGCGCUCUUGCUCAUCAUAAGCACUGUAAUGAUCUAGAGCUUUACACAAAUGAACAUUUGCUGCACAUCCGACCUGUUAGCAUCUGCCGGAUUGAGCAGCCAACGCCAAACCGCCGGGAGUAAAUAAAACAUUUCUCACUACAAUGGCCACAGCAACGGUUCAAGGCGCUGUUCCCGAGCAUCAUGCACCUACCAAAGCGAAUGGAGUGUGCAAAGAUUCCAUUAACCCUACCUGGCUUCCCACUCAAGUAAAGGACGUCAUAUUGAGAACCAAUUUCUCCUUUGAUACGGUAGAGGAGUCGCUGGACGCAUUCGCGCGGGGUGAAGCCAUUGUUGUCAUGGAUGAUGAGCAAAGAGAGAACGAGGGCGAUGUCAUUAUUUCCGCAAGUCAAUGUUCCGUCGAAGCAAUGGCAUGGAUGAUCAAGCACACGAGCGGGUACAUCUGCAUAUCUCUUCCUGAGGAGCAUCUUAACAAGCUUGAAAUUCCCAUGAUGGUCCCCAACAACCAGGAGAGACACAAAACCGCUUACACCGUUACCGUAGACUAUAAACACGGCACCACAACAGGGAUUUCCGCCUAUGACCGAUCACUCACCGUGCGCAAGUUAGUGGACUGCACCUCGAGGGCGUCUGAUUUCAGCCGCCCGGGACAUAUGGUACCCUUGCGAGCACAGCAAGGCGGUAUUUUGGAACGCAGGGGUCAUACGGAAACUGGUGUCGAUUUAUGCGCCCUCACCAAUCAACCUCUAGGGGGUGUAUUAUGCGAGCUAGUGAAUGACGAUGUGUUUGGAACCAUGGCGCGGCGCGAUGAUUGCAGGGCAUUUGCGGAUCGAUGGGGCCUGAAAAUGAUCAGUGUAGAAAUGUUGGUGCAGUACAGGGAGAGCAUGGAUAAUACAUUAUUAUCAUAUGAUGGCAGCAUGUAUUGAAUUUGGGAUAAUUGUACGAUGUACACUAGUGUCUAGAAGCAGCUAGGCUCUAGAAGCUCACUAGUUACUUCCGGACUUCCCGACUCUAGCCGAGAGUAUUCGCGUCACAAUACGUCACAC